GUUCCCCUUCCAAAGAGCCUUUCCAAAUCGUUGUUCCAAAGCAACUCCCCCCAAAAUUAUUUCUCCCCCAUCCCCUCCCGCCGCUCCGUCUCCGCCGUCUCCACCGCCGCAACCAAACCCUAGCCCGGCCCCCGCAAGAGUCUCUGCAGCACACCCCGACGACGUCGUGCCGGAGCCGCCGCGACAAUGUUCUACUCCCACUCGAUCCUGGCGAGGAAGAGCCCGCUGGGCACGGUGUGGAUCGCCGCGCACCUCGAGCGCAAGGUCAAGAAGACGCAGAUCGACGGAAUCAACAUCCCCUCCUACGCCGAAUGCAUAAUGGCCCCUGAGGUUCCAAUUGCUCUGAGAUUAUCAGGGCAUCUUCUUCUAGGACUAGUUCGCAUUUAUUCAUGGCAGGUGAAUUACCUCUUUCAAGAUUGUAACCGAAUGCUAAGCGCAGUAAGAACUGCCUUUGCCUCUGUGGAAGUAGAUCUUCCAUUUGAUGCGGACCGUGCUCCGUUUGAGCUUAUCACAAUGCCAGAAACAUUUAACCUUGAUCACUUAAACCUGGAUGAUGCAAUUCGUCAGAUGGAGACGCCAGAUAAUCAUCGGAGAACUUCUGAUCAGAUCACCUUAUCUGAAGAAGAGUAUGUGACGAUCAGUCUUGAUGAGGAUGGUAGAAUAGAGCCAUCCCCUACUGGUCGAUCUUUAGACUUUGAGACUGAACCACCUGAGCAAGGGACGUUCCCUCCAUUUCCAGACGAUGCCAUGUCUCUAGAUCCUGUCCAGGACAAUUUGCCACCGAACCCUACUAAUGGGGAACAAGACUCACCAGAAAGACCACGUGAAGCACCCGAGAGCCCGCUGAGCUUUAGAGGUGUUAUUGAUGGCAAUGACUCCAUGGAAAGACCACGUGAAGCACCUGAGAGCCCGCUGAGCUUUAAAGGUGUUAUUGACGGCAACGACCCCAUGGAGGAAGAUCUCUCGCCCUUCAUUUACAAGGUUACCACACCACCAGCAAAGGACCCAUCUUUAUCCCCUGGUCGAGGAUCUUUGCUUGGGGCAUCCAUUCAUAAUGUACCAAGAAGCAUCAGACAUGAUCCUAUUGAAGAUGAAGAACCAGGCGAUACUGGAAUUUCGGUACCUGAAUUUAGGCUCGAGCCAUCACCACCUCAAGUACAAGACAACAAGAGAAAGAGGAUACCGAAAGUACAAGCCCCCAAGUUCGAUGAUGAAAUAGUGUUAUCAAAUGCCUAUAUGAAGAAACAAAUUGAUGGCGAUGAUCUAUGUAAGCUGGUCUGCAAGAGGAAGAAACUACCUCAUACGGCCGUUGAUAUGUGGAAAUUCAACAGGAUUCGCAGAAAGGACAGCUUCUUGUGUGAACCUUUAGUACAUGGAAUGUGCCUUGACCUACAUAAAACCUAUGAGAGGGAAUUUUCUCGUCUGAGUGACUCCGAUUCUGGGCCUGCGUCUGAAAACCGUGCUACGGGUGAUGCAAAUGUUGGUGACCAGAAUGCACCGCCUGAAUGUCAGCUCACCCCAAAGUCUCUAGGAAACGCAGACACACAGUCUGAACAACUCUCCCCAAAGUCUUCAGGAAAUAUAGAUGCACACCUUGAACCUCAGCUCACCCCAAUGUCUCCAGGAAAUGCAGAUGCAACACCAUCUGAUUAUGCACCUGAGCUCCCUCGAUUCUCUCCGCAAAACACUCCACAAACUAACCUAUCUCCAGUAAGAGAAGAUCAUGCUACUCCUUUCAAAACUCCUGGUAGAACCCCACAGUCUGGAUUUGGAGGAACUGGUGCCAGCGAAAUACCACCAACAUAUGGCACUUAUGCAUCACCUGGACAAAGGACUUAUGAGUCUGAUCCUAAUGGAUCUCCAUUUCCAUUCAAUGACGAACUUGAUGAAGACCUGCCAGAGAUUCCUGGGCUCAUAAAUACUCCUAGCACGAAAUCUAGUGCCGGGACAGGCGCCACAGGAUUAGGCAGCAUGUCUGCUAGAACAAGGGCUGUGGCGCAGUAUUUUAAAGAUAAGAUGUCUUCAGCCACAUCAAAUGACCAACCAGGAAAAUUCAGUUUGAACAGUAUCUUGGAAGGAAGAAGAAGAAAGCAAGCGGCGCGCAUGUUUUUUGAAACAUUGGCCCUGAAGAGUUAUGAUUAUAUUGAUGUACAACAAGAAGAGGCUUAUAGUGAUAUAAAAAUUUCAGUUAGACCCUCACUCUCAGCCGCCAAACUUUGAGCAACUCAGACUUGGUUUCUGUCCAGAGUUCCAGUUAUUUUGUUCCUUUCUGUUUCUUGAUCUGUAGUAUUAAUCCUUAUAUGUGGGAUCGAGGUGCCUUGGGCAUGCAUACAGUUGUGUUUAUGCCAUCUCUGUCUGUCGAUUCUGUUCAGAACCUGGGAAUAGUGGGUAUGAUAAGAGAUAUUUGAUCAAAAUACUAAUUCUAUUGUUUUUGUUUUGAGCUGUCGAGAACUGAGAAGAAUUUGAAUUUGAAACAAAUUGAAGCGA